CCAGCUUCCCUCUUUGGUGUUGAAAAGGCGGCCACUCCCCCCUCGCUCGUCCUCUCGUCUCAUCCUCUGCCUUCGCCGAAACCCUAGCCCUUUCCGCCACCCAACUCCGAUCUCGCCUGAUCUGAUAUAUGGCGAUGACCACUGCGGCGGAGGAGAGGCGGUCCCGGCGGUUGAAGAGGGUGGCCGCGGCGGACGGAAGUGUCGGUGCCGCAGAGCCCUCUGAGUCCGGGAGUAAGAGGAAGAGACGCGCCACCGGGGCCGCUGUCGUGGCCCCGGUCCUGCAUCAAUCGGCGGAGACGGGGCGCGGGGAGGGCGAAGAAGAGGUAUGUUAUCGAGCCGAGGAUGAGGAGGAGGAGAUGGAGAGUAAGGAGGAGUGUGCUGAGAGUCGGAAGCAAUCGCCGAAGAAAAGGAUGGGGCAUAGCAAGAAAUCCAAGAACGAAGAGCGGCCGGAGAGCUGCUUUGUUGGGAAUCCUAUUCCGGAGGCUGAAGCUAAGAAGCUGUGGCCGGAGAGAUACCAAAGGAAGCGGGCUUCGUCCAAUGGAAGCGCAAAAAGGGCGGAUGAUGAACAACUCUUGAGAGCUAAGUGUCAUUAUCGCGAGGCCAAGGUGGAUGGCGUCUCAUACAAACUUGAUGAUGAUGCAUAUGUCAAAGCAGCUGAAGGAGAGCUUGACUACAUUGGACGUAUAGUUGAAUUUUUUGAAACAACUGACGGGGAACUAUAUUUUACUGCUCAGUGGUUUUUUAGAGCAGAAGAUACAGUUAUGAAGGAUCAUGCAUGUUGUCAUGGUGCAAAAGUUGUUCAUGAUCCUCGAAGAGUUUUCUUGUCAGAGGAGAAAAAUGAUAAUUUGUUGGAUUGUAUGGUUUCCAAGAUAAAAAUUGAACGUGUGGAUCCAAAUAUCAAUUUGGAGGUCAAGAAAAAAGGCAUUCCUUCUUGUGAUCUUUACUACGACAUGUCAUACUCUUUGGCAUAUUCAACUUUUGCAAAUUUACCAGAAAAUGAUAGGGCGGCCAGUGGAUCAUCAUCCACUAUGUCAUCAUCAGAUCCCGAUUCUCCAUCUUUUAGGGAGAAAAAUGUAGUUACAUUGCUUGACCUGUAUUCUGGAUGUGGUGCAAUGUCCACUGGUCUAUGCUUGGGUGCGAAUUUGUCUGGCAUAAAUCUCCAAACGCGUUGGGCUGUUGAUUUGAAUCAGUAUGCUUGCCAGAGCUUAAAGUUGAACCAUCCUAACACUGAGGUGAGGAAUGAGAAGGCUGAAGAUUUUUUGGCUCUUUUGAUUGAGUGGGAAAAAUUGUGUGAAAAAUAUCAUGUAAUUGGAAAUCAAGUUAAAGAGGAAAUUGAUUCUAAUGGUUUGGAUGGUGAGGAGCUUAAUGAUCCCAAGGUGCCAAAUGAUGAAUUCGAAGUUGAUAAGUUAGUUGGAAUUUGCUAUGGUGAUCCCAGUGACAUUGGUAAAAUUGGAUUAAAGUUUAAGGUUCGUUGGAAGGGAUAUGGCCCUAGUGAUGAUACUUGGGAGCCUGUAGAAGGAUUAAGCAAAUGCGAAGAGAGAAUCAAGGAUUUUGUGAAGAAUGGCUACAGCAAGGGCAUUUUGCCAUUACCAGGUCAAGCUGAUGUGGUUUGUGGUGGACCUCCAUGCCAAGGGAUAAGUGGAUUUAACCGAUUUAGAAACAAAAAUGCUCCAUUGGAGGACCCAAAAAAUCAACAGAUGGUUGUUUUUAUGGAUAUUGUUGAGUUUCUCAAACCAAAAUAUGUCCUUAUGGAGAAUGUUGUUGACAUAUUAAAGUUUGCACAAGGCUUUAUGGGAAGAUAUGCUUUGAGUAGGCUUGUUGCCAUGAAUUAUCAAGCAAGGCUUGGUAUGAUGGUUGCUGGAUGUUAUGGCCUUCCUCAAUUUCGGAUGCGGGUGUUUCUUUGGGGUGCUUGGCCAACUAAGAUGUUGCCCCAAUUUCCAUUACCGACCCAUGAUGUGAUUGUUCGUGGGGGAGCUCCUAACGAAUUUGAGCAAAAUAUCGUUGCAUAUAAUGAAAAUGAACACCCUGAACUUGAAAGAGCUUUACAAUUGGAGGAUGCUUUGUCUGAUCUUCCACCGGUUACGAAUUACGAAGAUAGGGAUGAGAUUCCCUAUGGUAAAGCAGCAAAAACAGAAUUUCAACAGUUUAUUCGUCUCCCCAGAAGUGCGCUAAUGAAUUAUAGCCCUCGUGUCAAAGCAACAGAUAUGCAUCAACUUUUUGAUCACAACCCGUUGCAAUUAAAUGAUGAUGAUUAUCAACGGGUUUGCCAAAUACCAAAGAGGAAGGGUGCAAAUUUCAGGGAUUUGCCUGGUGUUGUGGUUGGUCCCGAUAAUAUCGUCGAGUGGGAUCCAAAUGUCGAAAGAGUUAUAUUGCCAUCAGGGAAACCUUUGGUUCCCGACUAUGCUAUGUCUUUUAUUAAAGGAAAAUCUUUGAAGCCUUUUGGACGAUUGUGGUGGGAUGAAACAGUUCCUACAGUCGUAACCAGGGCUGAGCCUCACAACCAGGUGAUUCUGCACCCAGAGCAAGAUAGAGUGCUCUCAGUUCGAGAGAAUGCCAGACUUCAAGGAUUUCCAGACUUUUACAAACUUCAAGGGCCUGUAAAAGAACGGUACAUUCAAGUGGGAAACGCUGUUGCUGUACCAGUUGCUCGAGCAUUGGGUUAUGCUCUGUGCCAGGCAUUGAAGGGUCAAUGUAGCGCUGAACCUUUGUUCAUUCUCCCCAGAAAGUUUCCUACAAUAGAUCGCGGAUCCUCUUCCACACCCAAGGAACCUACAGAUGGCGUGUAGGGGUUCCAUAUCGGCGUCUUACACAGACAAAUUAUGCUGUUGUCUUCUGAUUGUAGGGAUAAAAAGCUUGUCCCUCUUGAACUUGUUAUCUUUUAUCUUCUUACUGUGUAAUGUUGUUUGUAUUACAGUGGAUUAACCAUUUUGAUCGAUCUCUUUCGUGUGGAUCAGAGGAAACAUCGGAUGCUUUAUAGCUUUCUUGUA